AUGGAUGCUGGGCCGGUGACGUUGACGGUCACUUUUCUAAGUCCUGUUACACCGAACGAUAUGCUACGGCAAAGCAUGCCUAUCACAUACAUCGAUGUCGCAGUGAAAUCGAAUGACGGCAACAAGCAUGACGUUCAGCUAUACACCGACAUCUCCGCAGAAUGGGUGUCCGGCGAUCGCAGUCAAGUCGCACAAUGGGAUUACGGUGUCAUCGGGAACUCUUCAAGCUCUCUGCGCAAACGUGCUCCUGAAGCAGAGCCGACCAUGUUCAUGAAUGAGGCCGAGCUUGGUAUGCUUCGGGCAGAGCCCUCAUUUUUCAUGAAUGAGGCGGAGGAGCGCAGACGCCGCGAAUGUGACUCUACCACCACUUCUGCCGUCUCACAGGCGUCUGUCACUACUUCUGUGCAAGAGUCGCACAACGCCACGGAUCUUACGCCGACAGCCACUUCAAUCUCGGAUCAGUCUACGACGACUAUCGUCGACAAAGUGGUCUCUUCAACGUCUGUCUUUGCCACGGCUAACAUAACUGCUUCCGAUACUUCGGCCAACACAACCAGCAUCACCAUUACUAGUACCGCCUUCUCUACUAGUACGUCGGCCAAUACGAGCGCUACUGCUUCUAGCACCUCUGCCGCGAAUGGUAUCGCAUAUCACAAAGUUUGGAGACAGCUGCAACAAGAGUUUUCGGAAGAGUCUCAGCAAGCAUCCUGGGGCUACUGGUACUACGCGACGAAGAGUGUGGCAGGAUUGACUUACCAAUCUGGCGCAGACAUUGAUGUCCGAGGACAAUUUACAACUAGUGGUGGCUUGAACAACACGAACGAUACAGACUUCCGAGCCAUUUCUGACGACUGGCCGGUCUUUGCGUACGCUGUUGACCUUGGAUCAGUCGGCUCGGAAUCAGUCAGCACCGUCUUUACGCUCAAUCUGGCUCAAAAGAACGCCAUUCAGUUCGAGGGUGCGGACGGCAUCGAAUCUCUUCAAAGCUACUGGACGAACACUCACUCUGAUGACCUGUCCGCACUGUCCUUCUUCUAUAACGACUAUCAGGAAGUAGUCACCAUGACCACAGACCUGGACAACAAGAUAGCUUCAGAUUCCAAGGCCAUCAGCUCGGACUAUGCAACACUGACCACACUGAUUGUGCGUCAAGCUUUUAAUAGCCUGGCUGUGGUUGGAAAUGGCACAUCACCUUACGUCUUUCUAAAAGAGAUCAGCUCGGACGGGGACGUUCAAACUGUCGACGUGAUCUUCCCUGCCAUGCCCAUUUUCGUCUAUCUGAACCCAGAUAUCCUCAAGAAUCUACUGAUCCCCAUCUUCAUCUACCAGGAAGCUGGACAUUUCACGCAGGGCUCAUAUGCUCCGCACGAUCUGGGCUACUAUCCGAAUGCGACGGCCGCAGGAACAGAGACACAGCCACUUGAGGAAUGUGGGAAUAUGCUCAUCAUGUCGCUGAUCUAUGCCCAGAGGAGUGGCGAUACCGACUUCCUCAGUCAGCACUACAACACUUUGAACCAGUGGACACAGUACCUGGUCAACGAGUCAUUGAUCCCAUCAAAUCAGAUCAGUACGGAUGACUUUGCUGGCAGUCUCGCGAAUCAGACCAAUCUCGCACUAAAGGGUAUGAUAGGGAUACAAGCCAUGUCCAUCAUUGCCAACAUGACCGGGCAUGCCGCUGAUGGAGCAAACUACGCGCAGACAGCAGCCAGUUUCAUCGCGCAGUGGCAGAAUCUAGGCAUCGCGCAUGAUGCAAGCCCACCUCACACUACUCUCGCCUACGGACAAAACGACACUCAUGGUCUUCUAUAUAAUUUAUACGCAGAUGCUCUUCUACAGACAAACCUUGUCCCAGUAGAGAUCUACCAGAUGCAGAGUAACUUCUACCCAACAGUAGCAGACACUUAUGGCUCGCCGUUGGACACCCGACACAACUACACCAAGAGUGACUGGGAGAUCUUUUGUGCUGCUAUCGCAGACACCAAUACUAGUACUUGGCUCAUCAGCGACAUUGCCAAGUGGAUCAACGAGACGCCUACGAACACGCCAGUCACGGAUCUGUAUCAGGCUGAUAGUGGAGAUUUUGCGCAAGGUACCGGUCACUUUCUCGAUCGGCCUGUGGUGGGUGGGUGGUUUGCGCCUUUGGCGUUGAAUCAGACUGGUAUACCUGUUCGUUGA